CGGGUGACCUGCUCACCUGUUCUACCUGGAAAGGGCGACGCUUGUAAUCAAAGUACAAAAUAUGUGUUAUUUUAAAUUAGUUUUUUCACAUUCAGUGAGUUUAAACCUUUAGGUGAUAAUGGAAACGCUGCCAGUUGGUUGGACUGUGCACACCUGGGAGCGGGAGGGCCAUCAUGGGACAAAUCUGCUGAAGAGGGGGUCUGCUGACAGCAAGACCAGCACACAUGUCCACGACCUGUUCCAUGAAGACGCACAGGGUUUUCACCAGGCCUGCCAGCCGUGGUGGAAGAUCAAGCUGUUUGUGUGGGAGCCGGUGCUUUUUGGAACCUGGGAUGGCGUCUUCACCACCUGCAUGAUCAACAUCUUUGGUGUGGUUCUCUUCCUGCGCACAGGCUACCUGGUGGGGAACACCGGCGUGCUUCUGGGGCUGCUGCUCGUCUCCGUGGUGGUGCUGGUGGCUCUGGUGACCGUGAUGUCGGGGAUUGGGGUUUGCGAGRACUGUGGUGUCGGAGGCGGUGGGGUCUACUCCAUGAUCUCCACUGUGCUGGGGGGCAGGGUGGGGGGCACUGUUGGCCUCCUCUAUGUGUUUGGACAGUGCGUGGCGGGGGCCAUGUACAUCACGGGCUUCUCGGAGUCGGUGACGGAGCUUCUGGGCCUGCAGAGCCAGUGGGCGGUGCGGUGCAUGUCGGCAGCUGUGCUCCUGGCUUUGCUCGGAAUCAACCUGGCAGGCGUGAAGUGGAUCGUCAGACUGCAGCUGCUGCUGCUGGCCGUGCUGGCGGUCUCCACGCUGGACUUUGUCAUCGGCACCUUCACACACCUCGAUCCUGAGCACGGUUUCAUGGGUUAUUCAGCCGAGCUUCUCACCAGMAACACAAUACCAGAUUACAGUCCCGGAGAAAACUUCUUCACGGUGUUUGGGGUCUUCUUCCCUGCUGCGACAGGGGUCAUGGCAGGCUUCAACAUGAGCUCAGAUCUGCAGCGGCCGGAGCACAACAUCCCCGUGGGAACGCUGGCAGCUCUCUUCACCUCGUGGUUCCUGUAUCUGGUCUUUGUCUUUCUCCUGGGGGCCAUCUGCACUAGAGAAGCUCUGCGCUAUGACUUCUUGAUAGCAGAAAAGGUCUCCUUGGUGGGCUUCCUCUUUCUGCUGGGCCUUUACAUCUCCUCCCUGGCGUCUUGCAUGGGCGGCCUGUACGGAGCACCCAGGAUCCUGCAGUGCAUCGCCCAGGAGAGGGUCUUCCCCUCGCUGGCCUUCCUGGGAAGAGGGAAAGGACCAAACAGGACCCCAGUGGCAGCCAUCUGCCUGACAAGCCUGCUCACGAUGGCCUUCAUUUUUAUUGGUCAGGUCAACGUGUUGGCACCGAUCGUCACCAUCAACUUCAUGCUCACCUACAGCUUCAUUGAUUACUCCUACUUCAGUGUGGCCAUGACCUUCCUGCUUCAGACCAAACAGAAGAAGACCACCUUGAUCUCAGGAAGACGAAGCCGACGCAGGUCCACCACGCAGAGCUCCAAGCCGCUGCUCGAGUCCACCAUCCCCGAUUACGGGAGUGGCGGCGAGAGCCCGCGGGGUAAAGGUACUUUGCUGGAGUUCACCAGGGACAUGGACCGGAUCUUUCCACCCGCCUCGAAACCUGAUUCUGGGUCUGAGAAGACCCCAGCAAGCCAAGAGCUGAGCAGCAGGCACGAGAGCCGAAAGGCCACUGCAAAGCAGAAGCUGAUGGACAGCUUUGGUCUGGACCUGAACAGCAACGUUGAAGAGGAGAGAAGUUCAGCUCCACAAGAGGCAGAGAACGAGAUGCAGGUUGGAGAUGAGGAGGCCAAACCUGGAGAUCAGCCUCAAGUUAAAUGCCCCACAAGUGUGUGCAGCGUGGAACCUGAUGCACCUGCAGAAAGUCCCAGUCACACCGCAGACGACGGAGAAAAAACAGAACACCAGCACUUUGAAAUCCGACCGAUGCGUGAUUCCUGCUACACAAAGCUGUGCAACCACUGGAUCGCUCUCAUUGGGGCACUGAGUUCCAUUUUCAUAAUGUUUGUUAUUCACUGGGUUUAUGCUUUAGCAAACAUUUUGGUUGCGUUGCUUCUCUUCUUCUACAUCGGAAAAGCAAGUCCCGGGCUACCCAAAGGAAUUGCAGCUCAGUUCAGCUUUUUCACAUGGAUGAAGUCAAUAAUCGGCAGCGUGUACAGGACGACCGGAUCUCCCCGGGAUGAGAUCGUAGUGACGCCGUCUCUGUUUGGGGUCGGACUCGAAACCAAGCAGCUGACAGAAGAAAACGCCGAUUURGCCUCUCGCCAUCGUUAUCACCAGUCCUCGUUCAUCAUCACCGAAAAUGUGGUCCGGUCACCGUGCCCCUGAGGAACACAAACACUACCUUUAACUGACCCACUGAAACCACAUUAUCUGCCUCAAACUGAGCCCUGUGCUGCAGGUCACACAUUCUUUACACUUUUACACAACUUAUGCUGACUUGUGAAAAUUUUGUCKUGAUUAUUUUACUCARAUCAGCUAUAUAUUAGAUUACAGUAGGUCCAACAGAGCUUUCGGUAUAGAUAUGCUUUGUUUUUUUAAUCCCAUCUUCGGCUUAAGACAUUAACGUUGGGCAAACUUUUCAUAAGUUAGUUAGUUGUUUAAAACCUUAUAGUGUGACAGAGKCUUUACAAAGACUUUCAGUGGCUUCAUGUCUUCAUAUGAUGUUCUAAAGAGCUUUAUUUUGAGUUGCACAAAGAGUAUGAGUGUAUGAAAUAAAAAUGACCCUUUAGGUGCUUAAGGUUCAAUUCUAGGACUAUUUUUAUAAAAUAAAAUAAAAGCUGAAAUGUAUUUAUUUUUCUCAUUUAUUGUGACUGAAAUAUCUGUUCACUGUAGGAUAUUUAGGUCUGACAUCCCCACAAUGCAAUUUGUGUUACGAUACAGUUUAUAUGUACAAGUACACAGUUCGAUUAAAGUAUAUUUACACACCUUUUUGUGUUUAGGUUAAUUUUGCCUGUUAAAAAAUAUAUAUAUCGGUGUUGUGGAACUCUUGUAGACAAACACUGAUUUAAUAACGUCA